AUGCAGGUACCGCUUCUACGUCUCCAAUGUGGCGUAAAUAGCUACGACUGGGGUAGGGUUGGCCCCGAGUCAGCAGCUGCAAAAUAUGCAGCGGCCACGGCGCCCUCCGAUUUCACUAUUGAAGCAGACAAACCUUAUGCAGAACUGUGGAUGGGAACCCAUCCCUCUCUUCCCUCGAAGGAUGUUGAAACGCAGCGAACCCUGCUCGAUAUGGUCCAGGAUAACUUGGCUUUGAUGUCUCCGGAAGUUAGCGAACGAUAUGGUGGCAAGCUUCCAUUCCUCUUCAAGGUGCUGUCGAUCCGUAAAGCUCUCAGCAUUCAGGCCCAUCCGAACAAAAAGCUUGCGGAAGCUCUUCAUGCCCGGGAUCCCCGAAACUACCCCGAUGACAACCACAAGCCAGAGAUGACCAUUGCAAUCACGCCUUUUGAAGGCCUGUGUGGCUUCCGACCUCUGGCUGAGAUUGUCCAUUUUCUUAAAGCCGUUGCGCCCCUUCGUUACCUCAUCGGCGUACAAACUGCAACUGACUUUGAGAAUGCGGUACGCGGCUUUGAAAACACCGAGGAUCCUGAACAGACAAAGAAAAAUAAAGUCGCGCUGCGAACUCUCUUUACCUCAUUGAUGCAAUCUGCCUCCGAAAACAUCGAGCAAGCCGCGAGAGAGCUCGUUGCAGCUGCUCAGAGCUCCCCAGAGACGUUCGCAUCGCUGGUCAAUGCUCCUGAUACGAACCCUACUAACGCCGCUGAGUUGGCAUCAAUCAUAAUUCGACUAAACGAGCAGUUCCCCAAUGAUAUUGGCUUGUUCGUCUUCUUCUUCCUUAACUUUGUUCGUCUCGAGCCCGGAGAGGCUAUGUUCCUCAAGGCCGACGAUAUUCACGCCUACAUCUCCGGCGAUAUUAUCGAAUGCAUGGCAUCGUCCGACAAUGUUGUUCGUGCGGGAUUUACACCCAAGUUUAAGGACGUGGACACUCUCACUGAGAUGUUGACGUACUCGUAUGCGCCAAUUGACGAGCAGAAGCUGCAGCCUACGGACUAUCCAUACACGGUGCUGAAUGCUGCGGCGUACUCGAGUGCUUCAGAUUCGCUUCUUUAUGAUCCUCCAAUUGAGGAAUUCAGCGUGGUUAAGACGUCCCUCCGCCGCACAGGGGCGAAAGCGACAUUUGAUCCGCUGACUGGGCCAAGUAUUUUGAUUUGCACUGGGGGUACUGGUAAGAUCUCGGUAGGUCACAAGACAGAGGAAGUCAAAGAGGGGUAUGUGUUCUUUGUAGGCGCAAAUGCCGAAUGCAUCAUUGAGAAUACCGGAACUGGGUCGGAUGAGGAGAAUGUUUUUACUACAUUCAAGGCUUUUUGUGACUUGACAGGAAAGGAGGAUAUGGCCAACGGACACUAGGGCUACAACUGCACGUA